AUGCCCUCUUCCGCUCCUCUGAUUCGCUCCAAGGCUACCGGCCCUAAUGGCCACAAAGCCGAAAUCCCAAUUAGCUACGACAUCAACAUUCCCUAUGUCGAUGUGGAAAAGCAAUCCAAAAUCAAAACCCCAUACCCAGAAUAUCUUCCCACCUGGGAUCCAAUGUGGUUUGAACCACUUCCGGAAUUCGAAUACUCCGACCCAGCCCUCCGAGUAAAAGACAAAAGCAAACCAAAUCUUCUAAACAACACCGGGGCAAAAAUCACCGACAUCCAACCCGCAAUCGGUAGCGUGAUCGAAGGAAUCCAACUAAACAAGCUAAACAAUGCUCAAAAAGACGAGCUUGCACUUCUGAUUUCCGAGCGAAAGGUCCUCGCCUUUCCCGAUCAGGAUCUUAUCGAUGCCGGACCGGCCGAACAAGAGGCUUUCAUGCGGUAUUUCGGCAAACCGAACUAUCAGCCUGUUUCAGGGACUGUGAGGAAUCAUCCUGCUUUUCAUGUGAUUCAUCGUGAUGGGAAUCGAGAGGAAAUUGCACGAUUCCUCGAAGCAAGAACAACAACUACACUCUGGCAUCAGGAUGUUAGUUACGAGAUCCAGCCACCGGGUUAUGUGAUGUUGGGACUUUUGCAAGGUCCCGAGGUGGGAGGCGAUACCGUUUUUGCUGCGACGGAUAUGGCUUAUAAGAGACUUUCGCCUACUCUGCGCUCAUUCCUAGAUACGUUGAAGACAGUGCAUUCGUCUUCGAAGAUGAUUCAUCACACGCGGUUGACGGGGGGGCUUGUGCGCAAGGAGGCAGUUGAUACCGUGCAUCCGCUUGUGAGGAUCCAUCCUGUUACGGGGGAGAAGUGUCUGUUUGUCAAUGCGGAGUUUAUUACGAAGGUUCAGGGGAUGAAGGAGCCUGAAACUAAGUGGAUGUUGGAUUUCCUGAUGAAUCAUAUUGUGACUGGACAUGAUUUCCAGGCCAGAGUGCGAUGGCAACCUAGGACAAUUGUUAUGUUUGAUAACAGGGCUACUACUCACUCCGCUAUUGUGGAUUACUUGGAUGAGGAGUAUGGUGCUAAAGCUCGUCAUAUCUUCCGAUUGAUUGCGCUGGGAGAGAAGCCCAUUCCUGUUUAUGACGAGUUUGACGAGUAG